UAUUACGAACAUGCAAAGGAGCAUUUCACUACUUGCUACCAUUGCAGCCGGACGCAGAAUUCGUUUUAGCUUUGGUAAAUUCAAGAAUAUAUUUCUAAUAUAUUUCUUUAAAAUUAUAUUUUACUUAGGACAAACAGUGUGUCUUAAAAUAUUUUAGGAUUGUUUCCUAGCAACAGAAAUCAUAUCGGUCUUCAAUAUCUUUUUAAAGCAAUACAUCUUUUUACAGAUAUCCUAAAGCCAGACGAAUUGUUCACUUAGUAAUCAACCAUGAAACUGAUAUUAUAUUGUGCUGUUAUAUUCUUAGCAUGUGCUUUAACCUGUCUAACAGGACCUGAGAGUGUUGCAAAUGCCAAGCCCAUUCCAAGCGACACAGAAUCGGGUAAAGGUUCAUCAGACACGAACAAAGAUAAAUGUUCAUCAGACUCAAAGAAAGAUAAAGGUUCAUCAGACUCAAAGAAAGAUAAAGGUUCAUCAGACUCAAAGAAAGAUAAAAGUUCAUCAGACUCAAAGAAAGAUAAAGGUUCAUCAGACUCAAAGAAAGAUAAAGGUUCAUCAGACUCAAAGAAAGAUAAAGGUUCAUCAGACUCAAAGAAAGAUAAAAGUUCAUCAGACUCGGAAUCAGGUGAAUUGGACAUGUGUAGCACAAGCCCUUGUAAGAAUAAUGGUACAUGUGUAGAGGUUGGAGACAAUUACACAUGCAGUUGUAGUGAUGGAUUUAAAGGGAGGAACUGUGAAGAAUUGGACAUGUGUAGCACAAGCCCUUGUAAGAAUAAUGGUACAUGUGUAGAGGUUGGAGACAAUUACACAUGCAGUUGUAGUGAUGGAUUUAAAGGGAGGAACUGUGAAGAUUUUGAAGCAGUUGGACCAUGUCCAGAAGAAGGAUGGGUCUUUUUCAGUGGUAGCUGUUAUUAUCUUAGUGACAGGGGGCUAGAUUGGCUAUCAGCUGUUGCUGCCUGCAAUGAAACAGGUGGAUAUCUUGCAGAGAUCCAGAGUCAACAAGAAGCGGAUUUUACCUUUAUGAUAGCUAAUAAAUAUGACGAUAUUUGGAUUGGACUGAAUGAUAUACAGAAUGAGGGCGACUUUGUAUGGCAUUAUUCAGGGGAACCAGUGUCUUUCCUUUCGUUGUUUGCUCCUUCCUACACUCCGACUGAUCAUGACUGUGUUUACUCCUUUAUCUUUAAUUACCACUAUUGGUUCGAGGAUGACUGUAACAAGCAAUUUGUAUACAUGUGUGAAAAGGAUGCUACUUAUAAUUAGCAGAGGAAGAUAACUUUUGAGGACGAAAAUGGGAGCAUCUGGAAGUAUUUCACAAUAUGUCAGUGGACUGAAGCAUUUUUCUGACAUUUUGUCAAUAUACUUAACAUCUUUGUUGAAAGUUGCUUUGUAUUCUGUUUAAUUCUAAAAAACAUAUUCAGUUGUUUUGUCCAAAUUCUCAAUAAUAAAAGCAUUAAAGAAUAAAAAUGUU